AUUAAGAUGUCAGCAUCAGAAGCUUCCCGUCAAACUGGGUUCUAUAGCUAUCUCCUUGACAUGGGGGCCUAUCAGAUAUGCUGCUGCUGUGGGCCAGCCCCCUGCUCCCUUUGCUGCGCCUUCUGUCCUUCCAUCAAGUCAUCCACCAGCACACGACUCAUGUACACCCUGUUCCACAUCCUGGCCUGCGCCGUUUCCUGCCUCAUGCUAUCCAGGACGGUGUCUGAAGCCGUGCGCGACAAUGUGCCUUUCUUCAACAUGGUGUGUGACCAAGCCCAUGGUGGUGGUCACUGUGAGAUGCUGGUGGGGUACUCUGCAGUGUACCGAGUCUGCUUUGGCACCUCCUGCUUCUACCUUAUGAUGGCGCUCUUCCUUAUUGACGUCAAGUCCAGCCAGGACUUUCGUGCGUUCAUCCAUAAUGGGUUCUGGUUUCUUAAAUUCAUUAUCUUGCUAGCGAUGUGUACUGCUGCCUUCUUCAUUCCAACAGAAUCCUUUCUGCACGCCUGGCACUAUGUUGGCGUGGCAGGGGGGUUUGCCUUCAUCCUGAUUCAGCUCAUCCUCAUCACAGCCUUUGCUCACACCUGGAACAAGAACUGGUUGACCGGAGCAGCUGAAGACAAACGCUGGUACCUGGCUGUCCUGUCUGCCACGCUGGUCUUUUACACCAUCGCCACCAUGGCCUUUACCUUCAUGUACAAGUACUACACCCACCCAGCCGCCUGCCAGCUCAACAAGGCCCUGCUGUGGACCAACCUGGGCAUGUGUGGCCUCAUGUCCUUCAUUGCUGUCAUGCCAUGUGUUCAACAGAAACAGCCCCGUUCUGGUCUUCUACAGGCUUCCAUCAUCAGUUGCUACGUUAUGUAUCUUACAUUCUCUGCCCUCUCCAGUCGUCCACCAGAAAAAGUGGAGUAUCAGGGUCUGAACAUUACCGCGUGUUACCCCAACUUGGGCCAAAAGGGCAUCCAGAAGGAGGGCAAUGCUGUGGCCAUCAUUGGGGCAGCCAUCAUGUACUGCUGCGUGCUCUUUGCCUGCAAUGAAGCCUCUUAUCUGGCUGAGGUGUUUGGUCCCUUCUGGAUGAUCAAAGUCUAUCGCUACGAGUUUCAGAAAGCCUCCUGCUGUUUCUGUUGUCCUGAGGAAGAAGAGGAUGAAGACUUUCCGGUGGAUGAUGACAGCAAAGGCUGUCAGAAGGUCAUCCACAAUGAAAACCAACGAGUUGUCUACAGCUACUUCUUCUUCCAUUUUGUCUUCUUCCUGGCCUCUCUCUAUGUGAUGAUGACCCUCACCAACUGGUUCAGCUAUGAGUCUGCGGUCCUGGAAACCACUUUUACUCACGGAAGCUGGUCCACUUUCUGGGUGAAGAUGUCCUCCUGCUGGGCUUGUGUGGUGCUCUACCUAUGGCUCCUGCUGGGGCCCUUGUGCAGCUGUAAGCCGAAGCCAAAGACAAGGCCCAAGCGGUCCCGCAUCAAACGACGGAUCACGUCGCACAGGCACGUGAGCGUCAGUGUGUGACAAUUGCAGAGAAGGGGAUGCGACCAUGCUUCGGUACC